AUGGCGCCUGUGAUACACCAGUUCACCCAGACAAUCCCGCGCCCAGAUUCCACAUCUUCAGCUUUGAUACCGGGAUCGUCUGGUCCCCGCACGACAGAAGUUCAUAUCCGCGAACUCGCUGUUAGCAGUAGCGGUAACUCAAUAACAUUUACUCCUCCCGCAAGCUAUGCAUUCACCGACGAUACGGACAGCGACACCAGUGCCACCAGCAAAAGCAGUAGCAGCAGCAGCAAAGAAAGCGGCAUAUCAGGCCCCCUCAAAGGCGCAAUAGCAGGCUCAAUAGUCGGCGCAGCAUUCCUACUGCUACUACUAUACUGCUGCUACCGACGUUCGCCCAAGGCAGCAGAAGCACACCGUCGAAGCCGACGAUCCUCCAAUAUCUCCAAAGACUCACCAGAUCCAGCAUCGCCUGAGCCCGCACCAGUAGAGCCAAAACCAGCCCCAGUAGCAGAACCGGCAGAGCCACCACCAACAAAGCAAAAGAAAACAGUGCGGAUAGCGCCUGGAUCGACGCCGCCUCCGCAUUUACAUCUUCAUCCGUAUGUGCGGACGCCUGUGAAGGCGAAGGUGAAGCUUUAUCCUGAUUCGGAGGAGGCGAAGGGGACGUUUUCGUCGAUUGAGCGGUAUACUAUGGAUCUCGGGGCUGGGGCUCAUGUUCGGAUUAAGAGGGGCAAGACGGGUACGCCGAUUGCGUUUGGGUGA